UCGAACGAAACGAGCAGAGAGGAGGUUGGAAGUUUAGACAAAACGGCGUUAGGAGUAACUUUGGGACCGCAUCAAGAGAAAGAAGGAAAAGAAGUAUCGAAAAACGAUCAACAUCCAAUAGUACCCAAUCAAGUCGUUAAAAUUGAUAGUCAGAGUGCCUCGAUGGUUCGACGACUGUUCGAGCGUUUCCUAAAAGAAGAGAAAAAGUACGAGAGAAUUAAAGAGAAAUUGGAUAGAAUUGAAAAAUCUCUCGUUAUCGUUCGUCGCAGAUUCUUGAACUCGAUCGACAACUAUUUCCAGGCGAAAAGAAAUCUGGAGAAUGCGCGCGAUAAGCUUAGAAAACAGCGACAAAUUCGAUUCGCCAACGACGCAGAAAUCAAUGUCCCAGAAGUUGAAAGAGUCAUUGGUCGCGACAUCGCGUGUUACGAAAAAGUCCUAACAAACUUGGAGGAAGAGCUUACUCGAGCAGAAAAUGAAAUCCGUGAUUCUUCGCAGGAACAACUCGAGCUGCGUUUCAAACUGAAAUCCGGCUUCCGAGAGUAUUGUAUAAAAAUGGAUCUCUUACCGGUUUAUAACGAGAACUCGAUGGAAAUGUUGUUAGAACCUGUCGAUAAGGAAUCGUUAAGAGUAAUUAGACGUAGGUUUAAUCAGUUUCAACGAACAAUGGUGCGCAAGUUAGAGAUCUUUCAGAUCUCCGCCGAUGUUCGACAUUGGUGGAUCGCGGAAUUCGCGAAGCAACAAUCUUGGUCUUUUCUCGAUCUUUUACUCGAGUUGUCUUAA